AUGCAAGGACCUAGGGGUUCAAGGACGCCCUCGCCUCUGCUGCGAGCGCUGGUUCUGCUGCCGGCACUGACUCCUCCUAUCACCUCUUCCGCCGAUUCCCCCAGCUAUAGCUACUCCAAUAGUAGCUCUUCCUAUCGUGUCCCCCUCCGCGUCCAACAGUACUGCCUUGAUUGUCCUCACCGUGGGCCUCGCCCACCAGAUGACACUCGCAUCGUUGAUUCCGAGAUUCCCACUAAGUGA